AUGCCACCAGCGCAUCGACAGCCGUUACCUCCUUGGCCACAGCUCUCGUUCGUCAUGGCAAAGGAGAUUCAACAACAUGAAUGGCAUAAAGGAUACUUGACUCCAACAGAAGUACAGCAUUAUGAAUCGGCUAUCGAGUCAUACGGACGAUGGUUUGCAUUUAUCACGGCCUCGCACGAGAAUCUGCAGGAGGUGCCAUUAUCAGAACGCGCCAUGGCAGCCAUGCGUGUACGUGCCAUGCUCACUGAAUACCUUGUGCCACACCUCUUCCAUACCGAUCGGCCGUGUUGUCGCACGUUUCAACUUGAUAUCGACCAACUAUGCGAUACUGCACGCUCUCUCAACUUGCCAGAUGUCCCAAGUCCAGUACCACCACCAGCACAAGAAUUGGAACCACCCGCAGCACCUGCAACACCUAAAGAAGGGGAUGAACCAGCUGUACCAUCAUCAUCUACAAACAUCCGCCCAGAUAUUCCUCUUUCCGACGUCUAUCACACUUUGGAAAAGGAUCAUGCAGCCAUGGUGGAAUUACAAAAGUUGGAGGAAUUCGAAGCACAAGAAGAGAUGAAUGAUGAAGGCAAACAACAACAACAGGAUCAUGCACUUUCGUUGAUCAAUGCAACUGGCAAUUUCAAUCUCAAGUACUUGUUACAAGGCAUUGCUGCAAAUCGAGACAAGACCUCUCUUUCUGAUCGAGAUAUCAAGAACUUGUUGUCUGAUUUCAAGCCCCAACAUCGUACGAAAUGGGCGAAUGAUGAUAAGAUUGGUCAAGAGGAGCUUUAUGAGGCAUGUGAAAAGGUGUUGACGGAUCUAAAGAACUUUACGGACCAUUCAACGCCAUUUCUUAACAAGGUCACUAAACGUGAAGCACCGGAUUACUUUGAAGUGAUCAAGCGCCCAAUGGAUCUCGGCACCGUCACCAAGAAACUCAAAGGAUUGCAAUACAAGUCCAAAAAGGAAUUUGCGGAUGAUCUCUAUCUCAUAUACGAAAAUUGUCUCAUUUACAAUACCAAUCCAGCGAGCGAAUAUCGAAAGCAUGCAAAUGCAAUGCGACGCAAAACGGAUCGAUUGUUGACACGUGUGCCUGAUAUCACCAUCAGGGAUCGAGCAGAGGUGGAGGCUGAGGAAUUUGGUGAUGAAGCAAGCGAGGAUGGUGAUUCAGAGGUACAACGAGUACCAAGGAAGGGCUCUGGAAAAAAGAAGCAAUCACCGCAUUUGGAGCGAAAAGAUGGCAUUGAUCAAUUGCGCUUUGCACGUGAACGAUCGUUGACACGUGAGUCAAGUGCAGCACCCUCAGGCACCGAGGCAACACAAGCAGGCAGCGAUUCAGAAAGCGUCAUCAUGACCCCCAAUGGCCAUGCACCUCAUAAAACGUAUGGUGGCAAGCAUGUCAAAGGAAACCAAACAGGGGAGGUGCCUGAUGAAGAGGAAAAGGAGGAGGAAGUUGAUCUCGAUGGUGAUUUUGCCGAGCUACAAGAUCAAGUUUGGCGUGAUAUGACAAAAAAGACGCGUGCAAAGCUUGGGCUUGAACUCGAGAAGGAAUAUCAAUUUCAAUUUUCGGAUCGACAUGCGAUCGUACGAUCAUCACUCGACAUGGAACGUUUUGCACUUAUGGAGCACUUGCAUCAAAAACCCGAGACAAUCCAAAAGCUUGUAAAAUGUACCCAUGAUCGAUUUUACAAGUGGGCCGAACGCACAGGAUCAGCCAUUACAUUGUACGACGAUGUGGAUCUGGAUUCAAGCGACGAUGAGAAUUUGGAUGUCUUUUUCUCUCGUAAAUUGGCCAAGCCCAACAACAAUGAACAAGACGAUUCCAUGCGUACAGAUUUGUUCUUGCCUGAAUAUCAGAUUGCUAGCGGCUUUCCUGAAAUACACAAUAUGCAAGAGGACACACCUGAAAUGAUGGCACUCGCACGGCGAUCCUCCUUGGAUGACAAUGCAUCGGUCAAACUAGAGCCUGCUGGGUAUACGGAUGUGCCGCUGGACGUGUAUCCAUCCGCCAGAUUCCCCAACCAUGGCCUCAGCAAACAAAUCGAUCGCAAUUUGCAACAAUUACAAAAGAUUCGACUCAUUUAUGCAAAGUGUAAUGCUAUCCGUAAUAAUGCACCUAUAUCAACAUUUACAGCAAUGAUUCCACCUGCCGAUUCAUUAAUAGAGUCUCAAGCAUCAUCUUCAAUGAACGCACUAGUACCAGCUCAGGAUGCCGAUGCCUAUCCACCUCUCAUCAUCAACCGUCAAUCAGGCCUGCAGCUAAUGCAAAGAACGCUUUCAAAAUUACUUGCCCAUGCCGGCUUUGAAGGUGCACAAUCCACUGCUUUGAAUGUUCUCAGUGAGCUGUUUGUCGAUUACCUCUCCAAUGUUGGCAAAACGCUUCGGUCGUAUUGGGAUGAUUACGGUAGACAAAUGAGCAAAGAGGAAAUGUUGAUGCAUGGCUUGUAUGAAAAUGGUGUUGCUGAUAUUGGAGAACUCGAAUCCUACAUCCGAGACGACGUCGAACGCUAUGGACAUCGAUUAGAUGAACUGCAUAGGAAAUUGGAAUCAUCGUAUAAUGACCUAUUAUCUGGACCAACUGAGAAGACGGAGGAUGAAGAAAACAUGCUUCUUGAGGAUGGCACAUUUAUAACGGGCGCUUUUGGUGAAGACCUUGGUGACGAUUACUUUGGAUUCAAAGCGUUGGGCUUAGAUCAGGAAUACAAUGUGGAAGCAUUCAGUAUCCCACCACGGUUAUGGUUUGGAGGAAACAAAGAAAAGGUGCCGAGCAAAACAAUGCUCAACAAGGGUAUGCACAAUGAAGUUGGCUAUGGAGAUGAGCAUCUACUGACGCAUCCUUAUCAUAUAGAACCUCAAUACAAGUAUCCUCCUGCACCACCAUUUACACCUGUGACCUCCGAGAAGCAAAUGAUUGGAUUACUGCAGCCCUUGUUUCAAAAGAAGCUUGCAGAUGCACCCAAUGGACGUCUCACCGAGGAUGAAUACAUCCCCAAUCGUCAACGUGGUCGACCUAGAUACCCUCCUACGAACAAGUUACUGAGUGGUCGAAAGAAGCCAUUGAAAGAUGCGGGAUCAAAUAAUGCAUUGAGUGGUGCAACUGCCGGCGGUGACACAAGAAAAACCAAGCGUAAACGGCCACCAGAAGAGAUACAAGCCAUCAAAGAGGAACGAGAGAAGAAGCGACGACAAAAGAUGGAAGAACGAGCACAACGAGCGGCAGAAAAAGAGGAGAAGCGUAAAUUGCGAGAAGAACUCAAAGAACAAGAACGAUUGGCGAAACAAGAAGCAAAGGAUAAAAAGGCACAAGCAAAGAAACCAAACGCCUCUGGGUCUUCCAAUUCAUGA